AAUUCCAUCGACAAGGGCUGCUUUGACCUCCGGGUGUUUUUCACGAAAAUCAGAGAGGUAAUUCUAUACAAACACACCGGUAAUAUGACAAACGAUGAUGAUGAGAAAUGGAACGUCGCAAUCAAGGUGCUUGUGGAACAUGAUAAGUAUCGCGAAUAUCGACUGCCAAGAUCACUUUCAACGGAUAGAAACUUACUUUGGCAUGCAAAACACGAAGUUGGAAAACGAAUAGCAGACAUCAUUAAAAAGAAAAAGUUGAAAAUAUAUAAACUCAAGCAUGCUAUCAAACAUAUUGAAAAGAGUCAAACACAUUGGUUAACAUUAGCAAAAUCAGUGAACAGGAACAAUGAAAACUUUUUCCUCAAUGUGCUUCUCGCGUCUGAGAAUAACAUCGAAAAGUUCGAACAUCACAAUUUCUUUUCGAAUCAAAGUUGGACAAAACAUCGAGACGUGUCAAGACUGACGGCAGAGGAGAUUGAUGAUUUGAAUUUGCGUGCUGGCGACAGUGAACAAAAAGAGAGUUGCGAUGAAAAGAAUUCCCAUUAUGAUUGGGUAUGUAAGCAAAUUAACGGGAUGGCAAAAGGACACGGACCAAGCAGGAUUAGAAGAAAUACUCCUUCAUCGUCGGAUUGUACAAGGAUUGGCUUUACCGAAACAUUUAUGCAAAACGGCUCCAGUCAGACAAAAAUUGUAGCAAGUGAAAAGUCUGCAUCAGUAAUUAAUGAAAAAGUGAAUCACAAUUGUAAUAUUUGUGUAGUAUAUGCCCCUGUAGCAGCAACAACUCAUGUAUGCACAAUGACUAAAAAUGUGUUACCAACGACAUCUUCUCAGAAAUCAUUAGAAUUGCGAAAUAAUUCUACUGUUCAAAACGAAAAUGUAAACUACAGAAAAACGAUUUUGGAGAAUGGAAAAUGCCAAAAUGAAUCCAGAAAAUCAAGAAACUCAGAAGUGUUAGUUAACAAUACCUUGAAUUGCACGAGUUUAUUUAUCGAGAAGCAUCCAGUUGGAAUAUCUAAGAAACAUGGAAAUGUUUGGGAGCAACGAGCAGCGGAACGAGCAGAAAAGUUACUUGCAGAUAAACGGACGAAUCAACAGCAAGAUUGCUUGGCAUCGUCUUCGACAGCACCAACAGAUCACAUUGUUCUCAUCUCUUCGAAAUUGGAAAGCCCGCAAGAAACACCAACAGGCUACUCAAAUAAGAAGUCUGACAAUUCUCGGAUUGCACUUGUCGCGGGGAAUCGAGAUCUACCAGAAGAAGUCAUUUUUACCAAGGAAGAAAGUCACUCAUCAUUGGACAGUUAUAGCAAUCAUUGCAAUGAGAGCCAAGAUGAUGAACCCAUAAAAAUGGGCAAUUUUAAUGGAAGCAUUGCUGGAAACGAAAAGGAACUAUCCAAAACAGAACAGCGAGCUAAGCGACGGCAGAGAGUUCGAGAAAAAGCACGAUUGUGUGCCGAGCAAGCUAAGGAAGAAGAGAAAAAAGUGAAGGAACAGAAAAGAAUCGAACACGAUCUGAGAAUUAUGUCAAUGAAAAAAGAAAGAGAAGUUAAGCAUCAAUUGGAUUUUGAGAAGCGAAAACGGGAUAUUGAUAAUAUACGACGAGAGCGAGAUGCUCAAAAACGAGCUCGGCGCGGUUAUGGACCAGAUCCAACGAGAAUUAAAGAAAUGCUCAAAAGCCGGGACAGAUUAAGCGAACACAUCAGAGAAAAAGAUAUAGCAUAUCGAGUAAUCGGUUCGAAACUUUUCCUUGACAAGCGUAUAUCUGAACUAGCAGAAGAAACAAGUAUGGAAAUUAAUACAAGCAAAUACAAAAUGUUGGAGAAAUAUCGAGUCCGCAUCACUGCCGUUGAGAAAAUGAACAUAUUCCUAGUUUUCGUGAGCUAUACCCUAAUUGAAAUUGGUAAUACGAUAAAAUUAGAUGAGCUGAUGGAAUAUCUAGCGUGGAAAAGCAUAAAUAUAGACAAAGAUCCCGAGUCGCCCAUCAAUAUUGUGAUUGAAAAAGCUUUUGAGUUGUUUUGCCAGGAAAGGAAGCCCAAAAUUGCAGAUUGCAUGAUAAAGGCGUUACAAUUCUCCGAGUCUAUCCUGAAUAGAAUAUCUAAUAUCACUGAAAAGACGGAUUCAGUUGAGAGGGCUAAGCUGAUUCUCAAAAACUAUCGAAUCUUAUAUGAUGAAGCCGUCGAUUUCAUGGGAAUCACGUCGUAUCUACGAACGCGUCUUAACACCGAGUUUUUCGUCAUGGAGGAAGACUACUUGCUGACCGUGACGCAAACGGAAAAUAGUGGGUAUCGGGGUGAGAAGAGGAAUACCAAUGAAAGUGAUGAGGAAGAAGAGUAUGACAAACCAGAAGUACAAGAUAUGUCUUGCCAGACAGACGGGGAGCCCUACGACGUAAAAGCAGCCUCAUUACUACCACGAUUGCAAUGAGUGGUGUUAUUGUUGUUGUUGACUAAUUCGACACUGUUCUACUUAUCAUUUGCCUAUUCUACACAUUCCCCACAAUUGCACUUGCUUUAUUUUGUUACAACACUUGGCUAUAAUGACAUUUAAGUAUUAAUAACUGCAAUGAAUAAUUAUCCAAAU